AUGGAAAAAUUGAUUAAUUUGCGUUACCUUGAUAUUCGUUAUACUUUGGUGAAGGAGAUGCCAAGUGAUAUGUGUAAGCUAAAUAAUUUACAAUCACUUUCUACAUUUAUUGUGGGCCAAAAUGGUGGGUUAAGAUUGGAAGCAUUGAGGGAGCUUUCGGGAAGUCUUGUCAUUUCAAAGGUGCAGAAUGUUGUAUGUGAUAGGGAUGCAUUAGAAGCUAAUAUGAAGGAUAAAAAGUACCUUGAUGAGUUGGAGUUUGAGUGGGAUUAUGAGAACACUGAUGUUGGUGGUGUUGUGCAAAGUAGAAUGGAUAUACUCAGCAGCUUACAGCCACAUACAAACCUCAAGAGACUCCAUAUUAAUUCUUUUAGUGGUUUAAGCUUUCCAGCUUGGGUAGGAGAUCCUUCAUUCUUCAAUCGUGUUGACCUGGGGCUUCAGAAUUUGGGUAUUGGAGGAGGGAAUGCUACAAAGAAGCACUUGUCUUCUCCAACAUUUGCGCAUCACAAGUUGUCGUUUCUCCAGACCCUUGCACAGUGUUGGUUUACCCACUACAUUGAAGUCACUAAUUAUCUGGGAGUGUACCAAACGGGAGUGUACCAAGGAAUGUCGUAUCCAUUCCUUGAACAUUUAUCCAUUCUUGCUGUUAGCAGCCGUAAUUCUUUCUCAUUAUCUUUCUCAUUAAGCAUCUUUCCACGGUUGAACAAUCUCUACAUCUCUGAUUUCGAAGGGCUUGAAUUCCUCUCCAUCUCCGUUUCAGAGGGGGACCCCACGUCUCUAAAUAGUUCGGAAAUCAAAGAGUGCCCUGAUGUUGAAUAUAUUGAAUUGCCUGCUCUGGAGUCUGCACGCUAUAAGAUCUCCAGUUGCAGGAAGCUGAAGUUGCUGGCGCACACACACUCAUCGUUGCAGGAAUUGAGGUUAAUAGAUUGUCCAGAAUUGUUGUUUCAGAGAGAUGGUUUGCCCUCCGACCUGCGUGAAGUUGCAAUUUUAUCCUGCAACCAACUCACAUCUCAGGUGGACUGGGGGAAAUGGCAAGGACGCUACUACAAUGGCUUCUAUGUUUCUGUCAGCAUUUUACCAGAGAUGGUGUUUGUUAUGCUUCUGCUUGCAUAA